GUGGAAAAACGACCCGGUAAUUUAUCUUUUUCUACUUGGACCAUUUUCACACACGCACAGGCACCCCCGGCAGACGGAAUGGGAGCAGCGGUGGUUUCGAGUCGCCGGCAGUACCUUGGAGCCACGAGCGCAGCAUGCACCACGUUCGCUCCGUGCCCCGCCACACUGCUGCUGCUUUAUGCCGUACUCGGCAUCCCGACCGCUCGUGGCUUCGGUGGUGAAAAGGAGCCACUCACCCUCGGCAGCGCCACCGGGAGCGUGGCCGGCAGCAGGCAUCCCCGCUCCGUCAGCAGCCUGCCGCAGCCCCGCGACUGCGCGCUCUCCACCUGGUCCUCCUGGAGCCGGUGCGAUCCCUGCCAGAAGAAAAGGUACAGAUUUGCCCGCCUGGAACAACCUUCUCAGUUCAAUGGAGAUCCCUGUGAUUACCCUGACAAAGAAACCGAGGACUGUGUUACAAACAAUCCUUGCAGGAGUAAAGUUAGAUGUGAAGGUUUUGUGUGUGCAGUCACAGGGAGAUGCAUUACACGGAGGCUGCUCUGUAAUGGGGAUGAUGACUGUGGGGACCAGUCAGAUGAAAAAAACUGCAAAGAAGUGUUUAAAAAAUGUCACCAGAAGAUGGAGCAAUACUGGGGAAUAGAGAAUCUGGCGAAAGGGUUAAAUAUCUUCACAAACAACUUGGAAGGAUUAGUUCUUGAUCACAGGUACUAUGCUGGCGGAUGUUCUCCCCAUUAUAUCAUGGACACACGAUUCAGAAAGCCAUACAAUGUAGAAAGCUAUACACCAGAGACCAAAGGCAAAUAUGAAUUUACAAUGACUGAAUAUGACUCCUACUCAAAUUAUGAAAGCAGUGUCCUGAAGGCAAAAGCUUCGCAGUCGAGCUUCAGCUUUGGUAUAAAAAUACCAGGAGUGUUUGAACUUGGUUACAAUUCAAAUGACAACAGGUUCAAGAAGUUCAUUCAAAGGAUGAAAAGAUUUUCUUCAACUUCCAGCAAGUUCAUUCACGCCCGCUCUGAGCUGGCUGUUGCUGUUUAUAAGCUGAAGCCCCGAGCCCUGAUGCUGCAUUACGAGUUCCUGCAGAGACUCCAUCAGCUCCCGGCAGAGUACAGCUACGGGGAGUACAGGGAGCUCUACAGGGACUACGGGACCCAUUACAUCACGGAGGCUACCGUCGGUGGCACCUACGAGUAUACUUUGGUUGUGAACAGCGACGAGCUGCGAAAGGCAGGUUAUUCGCUGAGUGAUGUCCAGAAGUGUGCACAGCACGGCUUUAACAUUGGUGCAAAUAUUGAUGGUGUCUAUCUGAAGCUUGGAAUGACUGAAGCUGGCUGUAAAUCCCUUUUGAAAGAGAUUGGAGACAGCACCUCCAAAAAACAGUAUGUGGAAGAUUUCAUCGCCCUUGUUCGUGGCGGAGCGAGCGAACACAUCACCGCGCUGGCUUACAAAGCCCUGCCAACGGCCGCACUCAUGCAGGAGUGGGGAGAUGCUGUACAGUACAACCCUGAAAUCAUAACGUUAAAGGCAGAGCCGCUGUAUCAGCUGGUGACUCCGGCUGACUUCGCCAAUGCAAUCACAAUAAAAGAAAACCUGCGACGGGCUCUGGAGGAGUUUCAGCUGGAGACCAGUUCUUGUCGCUGUGCCCCGUGCCAUGGCAAUGGCAUCCCCUUUUUGCAAGGAACCGAGUGUGAAUGCUUGUGUCCCCUGGGCUACAGUGGCACUGCCUGCCAGGGCAGCGGGAGGGGAGAUGCUGCUAUUAAUGGAAACUGGGGUUGCUGGGCCAGCUGGUCUCCCUGUUCAGGAGGUCAACGAACAAGGAGACGACAGUGCAACAACCCUCUCCCACAAAACGGUGGUUCGUCGUGCUCAGGACCAGAUACUGAGUCAGCUGCUUGCUAGAGGGAAUCAUUAAGAACUUACACAAAACUGCCGAGUGGUUUGCAGACUGAGUGGGAAGAUGUCAGCUGACUGGCUGCUGAGCUGGCCUCGCUCUGCUGAUGGGUCUCAUCCAGGGGCGCGGAAGUUGGAAACAUUUCAGGAGACGCUGGGAGCUGGGUGUGUGUUAUGAAUCACACCUUCAGCCACGCUUUGCAGUUGCCCCAUGGGAUUGAAUGUGCUUACUGUUCUUAAUAUUUUGACUUUUCUCUGUCUUUAUUGCAAUGGGCUAACCGAGACAAGCUUUAUCUCCAGCCUUAUUUGAUAGCUGCAUGAUUUUAAAUUUUACUGUUCCAUUGAGAUAAGAAAAGACUGUUUGAUCUUACAUGCACCAGAAUGUGCGCUAAUACGUGGCUUCUGUGAAGACAGCUGUGUCAUGUGGAGCAAAAUACAGUGUAUUAAAGUCUAAAUCACAAUGA